AUGGCGAGCAUCAAUAAGACCAACGAUGAGAGACCCGGUUUCGACAUUGUAGAGGCCGCCAUCGUGGACCACCGUGACGCCCUCCUUUCGGGCAAGACAAGCAGUGUCGACCUAGUCGUUGCAUACCUAAACCGUAUUGCCCGCUACGACACAUGCAAAGGCCUUGGUGCCUUUACUGUAUUCAACAACAAUGUCCUUGAAGAAGCAGCAGCCUCUGAUGCACGUCGGGCACAGGGUCUGGAGCCACGACCCCUAGAAGGCAUACCUUACACGAUCAAAGACAGCUACAAGGUCGCUGGAAUGACUGCAACUGCAGGAUCUCCUGCGCUCAAGGGUGUCAUGUCGAGUGAGGACUCUGCAAUUGCCAAGAAGUUGCGGGAUGCAGGAGCAGUGCUGAUUGGGAAGACGAACAUGCCGCCUAUGGCCGCCGGGGGUAUGCAACGAGGCAUGUAUGGUCGGGCAGAAUCCCCUUAUAAUUCAAAGUACCUUACAGGAGCCUUCUCGUCUGGCUCCUCCAACGGAGCAGGAACCUCGGUAGCGGCAAGCAUGGGGGCUUUCGGCAUGGGCAGUGAGACUGUGAGCAGCGGACGCAGUCCAGCUUCGAACAAUGCCCUCGUCUGCUACACGCCAUCCAAAGGACUACUGAGUUGCCGAGGACUGUGGCCGUUAUAUGUCACGUGCGAUGUACCCACACCGUAUGCGCGUUCGGUUAGUGAUAUGCUGGAGAUUCUGAAUGUGAUUGCUACGCCGGACCAAGAUACGACAGGAGACUUUGUGCGAGAACAAAAGCAUGUGCAAAUACCCCAGCCCCCUCAGCUAGACUACAUGACUCUACGUAAUUCUCAAGCGUUUAGAGGAAAACGGGUCGGAGUCCCAAAAAUGUACAUUGGCCAGAAAGACUCGGAUCCAUACGCAAAGCCUACCUACGUUUCACCAGAGGUCAUUGCACUGUGGGAAAGUGCAGCCAAAACCCUCCAAGAUUUAGGCGCAGAGAUUGUUUACACCGACUUUCCCCUCGUUACAAAUUACGAGAACGACUCUGUAUCCGGUGAGGCCAACAACGUACAAGGCCAACCCACAAACUGGAAUCUCGUGGAGCGCGGCAUCCUCAUCGCACAAGCCUGGGACGCCUUUCUCGUGCAGAACAACGACGCUAAGAUCAAAUGUCUAGCAGACAUCAAGGAUCCCGCGAUGCUAUUCCCCAAGCCCCCCGACUACAAACCCGACACCUUCCUCGAAGUCCGCAACUGGAUCGAUUACGCCGGUCUCCCCAAGCUCGUCCAGACAACAAGCAGCAUCCACAAAGUGCAAGGCUUGGAGCAAGCUCUCAAAGCGCUCGAAGCCCAGCGCAAACGCGACCUGGAAGACUGGAUGGAAACGCACAGGCUAGACGUGCUUGCGUUCCCCGCCCAGGGCGACGUCGGCCUCGCAGACGUCGAAUUCAAUCUCGACAGCACAACGCACAGCCUGCGCAACGGCGUCAAGUACUCGAACGGGAACCGCGCGAUUCGCCACUUGGGCGUGCCGACCGUCAGUGUGCCCAUGGGCGUCAUGGCCCAGAAGAAGAUGCCGGUAAAUAUCACGUUUGCGGGCCAGGCGUAUCGCGAUGCCAAAUUGUUCGAGUUUGCGUAUGCGUUUGAGACGGCGACCAAGGGCCGCGUUGCGCCGCCGCUUACGCCGGGGUUGCCGACGGAUAUCGCGGCGGCGGCGGCGGCGGCGGCGGUAAGGCCGGGUCCGGUGAUAGCUGGUGUGGAGGUCCAAGUGAAUGACCCAUCAGCUUCUCGACCCAUUUCCAUGUUGAUUCAUGGUACGCUGCACAAGGCCAUGCCGCAGACUCGUGUCCAGAUUUUUGUCGAUGGCCAACAAGUGUCCGAUUUGACUACAGAUGAUGUAGACUGGCUGGUUACACAUAGCCAUGUGCCCGAGAGACCGCCGAUUCUGGGCUGGCAUCUUAAGCCGUUGCCGCCCAGGGAUGCUAUGGUUCUCGUUGUUGUGACGAGCAAAGCUGACGGCGAGGGAAGUGGAAAGAGGGACGCUAGAUUGAUUUGGGUACCGUUGGAGAGAUAG